UGAAUUAAGGACUUGACCUCGAUUCCCCACACGAAUGAUGAGUAGGGUGGACAGACCCAUGAUCUAUUUUUAGAUAGUAAAUCUGAGUUUUACACACCUGGCUGUAGGGCGUAGGAUAGGCUGUCGGGUGCGUUUUUUGGAUUUGAUUUCUUGGACUAGGCUAAUGAUCUUCAUAAUCAUUAUAAAUUCUAAGUCCAAGGCUUAUCUUAUGGCAUGAGAUGCUGGUGCCCACAAUGCAAUGACUCCAAGCAAAGUGUAAUUUGAAAAUGCGGCAAUCUAGCACAGUUACAAGGACAAGUACAAGCAGGCAGUCGAUGACUAGCAUUCAAACUGUCACUGUAAAUAAUAGCACCAGAGGAAAUUCUAGAGAAUUAUUUUAUGAGGAAUUUUCAACUUUAUCACCACCAUUAAGCCAACCUUUUCUUCAGCUUGAUGAUUCAUCAUUUACAAGUUUAUCACCAGGAUGGGUAAGAGGUCAUGCUGGUCUCUUCGAAAGUCCAAAAAGCAUAUCACCAAAAGCAUCAAAGACACGCAGAUCAUCUGUGUACAGCAAUAAAACAACCGUAUCCAAGUCUGGUAAUGAGUCAAGUGUUUUCAAGAAGCCAGGAGAAGUUUUUAUUUCUCCAACUGGCGUUAAAACAAGAGCUAGAAGAUCUUCCAUCUAUCAAAAAUCCGGAAAGAAUCUGCUUAGUGGCCUUUCAACUCAGUCCAGGCGAGAAUCUAUGGCUGCUAUUAGAGCAAGAAAGUACUCUGACUAUGACUCUGCUUUUGCUUUACCAAAACCAGAUAUAGCCAAUCGUAGAAAAGUAGUUUCACACAAAAGAGCACAGGGUAAAAAGAGUCCCCCCAAAAAGAAAAGUCCACAAAAGGAAGAAACCAAUAUAGUGAGAAGAAGUCGUUCAAAAGCUAAAAAGAGUCCAGUUCAAAAAGCAGCGAAGUCAGCAUCAAAAAUAAUCCAGUCCCAAGAAAAUAGUGAAGAUGAUGAGUCCGCUUUUUCACCAAGACGUACACGAAAAACACCAAGUAAAAGGCCAAUGAGAUCCUUAUCAUCCAUGGGCAAAAGUGACAAGAAACGCAAACGUUCACCUAGUAAAUCUCCUUCAUCAAACAAGAAAAGACCAUCUCCAAUCAAAAGGCGUUCACCUAGUAAAUCUCCUUCACAAAAAUCACCAAUUAAGAAAGGUUCAUCUGUUAAAUCUCCUUCACCAAGUAAAAAACAACAAACGGUUACUAAAAAGACACCAUCAGAGAAAGGAGGUAAACCGUCAAAAUUUUUAGAAGUUUCAUUAAUGCCAUUAGAAAUGGAUGAUAGCAUCUGUUACAAUUCUAUAGAUUCAUCAAACAACAUACUAAAUGAGUCUUUGUCCAGCAAAAGGAGCAUACACCGUUCUUCUAAAGGAAAAUCUACUACCAGACUCUCUGGGUCUUUCAAGAGUUCACCCAAAACACCUUCUCAAAGAAGCUCUGGUAAAGUAUCUGAAACCAAAAAAGCAUCAACACCUAUAUCAUCCUCAAAGAAAACUUCUAAACCAUCUUCUACAAAACGUUCUCCAUCUCCCAAAAAGCAAACUAUCAAGAAAAGUCCACCCAAGCCAUCGCCGAAAAAAACUUCACCUUCCUCAAAAAGAUCUACUCCAAAAUCAAUAACAAAGAAAAGGGCAACUAAAAUUUCAGUAGUAGACUCUACAAAGCUUACAAAUCCUACUUUCAGCGUGAUAGCAUCAUCACAAACAGAUAGAAAAACAACUAAUGACAUAAUCAACUUAACAACAUUUGUAGCAGAAUCUGUAGAAAAACAGGCUAACAGUAACAAUACUAAGUCUGAAAAAACAUCACCUAAGUCAAAGACUCCCUUGUCAACCCUAAAAAUGAAGAGCAUAUUGGACAGUGUCACUAGUGAAAAAACCAGUUCUGAUGCAUCUAAUAAGAAAAGAAAGACAACUGAUUUUUUAGAAACAGAAUCAGCUAACAAAAGAAGGAGGUUUGACCGUGACAGGUUUGAAAAAAUAGUGGCCAGCACACCGCGCGACAUGCGCUUGGACAUUCUAUCUGGUAGAAGGCCAGAGUUAUCUCCUAUAGUAUCAGCAAACAAAAACAUGAACAAUAGUUUUACAGCAACUAAACAGGUUACUGUUUUCUCGGAUAAAACAACAUUCUUAAGUACUGGUCCCUCAAAUCUUUCUCCAAUAGUUUCCAAAAGUCCAUCAAUAUUCCAAAAUGAAUCUAUGAAGCAGACUUAUGAGACUGAUAAUGGUCAGGAUGAAGUUGAUGGCGAUAAUGAGUUCGAGUAUACUAACAUCACUUGCUCUAAUGAUCCAGCAACAACCGAGCCAUAUCUAUUUGAUUAUGAUACUGACCUUGACACCUCACACUCAAAUAUUCGACCAGGGUGUACCAUAUUAUAGAAUAAUUGAACAUGCUUUUAUUUUGAUCUAAUUACAGGGUUUUGUUAAGUUUUUAUUUGACCGCAUAUUAUAUUUUAUGUUGUCGUCAACCUGGCAUGUCCGUCUGUUGUCCACAAUUGCUUGAGGAUGCAUCUAGUGGCUAAAGUGAUGAGGUCCUGAUUUUCAACAAUUUCUUAUGAUGACUGAGUUAUGGCCCUUGAUAACUUAGUAAGACCUGUAUGGACUGCCCAUACAACUUACCUGCUGUUGAGCAUAUAUGUUUUGUUGCUUGGCAUCAAAAUAUAUCAGGUAGUAGUAAUAUGGAAAAUACCUACCAUGUAUUCUGUAAAAUGGCAUAUUAAACAUACAUUAUGCAAGAGCUAAAUCUGCCUAUUGCAGGUCUUUCUUUAGGCCUAAAAUGUUAUCUAAAUUAUUAAUUAUACAUUAAUUAACUUAUUCAGACCAUAAUCAACUCUUGAUGGUAUCGGAUACUCAAGAUUUGUUUGAUAAAGACAAGAGUAUCAUCGUCGAAACGUUGCAUGUUAAUAAACCAGUAAUUGUUAUUCCAUAAAUAGUGUUUUUGUGUUACUGUUCAAUUACUAAAUGCCACUUAAAGAAUAGAAUAAAACGGUUUGCCAUUUAAAAAUUUAAUUUAAAAAUGGGAAAGCGAGGCUAAGUCCCGAUUAUACCAGUGCCCUGGUUACCACUGUGCACACAUCUUGUCAAAACUACAAACAAUGAUAACUUGGCUGAGAAUGAAGUAAUUUGACUGAAAUUUUCAAUAUUUUCAUUUUUCAUCAUCUAUUUUUGAAUUAUUAUAGCAAGAAUGACCAACUCUUAACUAAUCUAUCUUUAAUUGGAAUGUCGCAUUGUGAAAUCGUUCUUUUUGCUAACAUUAUAAGUUUACACGCUCUCUGUAUAAAAUACUAUAAAACAAUUGUACUGCUUUCAUCAAUAAGCAAACCCACGAAAAUUCUGAUUAAAUUGAAUGUAAUUGCUGCUUAGGCGCCUUUCUUUCCUUUAUAUAUAUACUUAUAUCUUUCCUUUUUGUUCUAUUAUGAAAAUAUUUUAUUUAUUAUGUACAGUCAUAAUUUGGAGAUCUGGUGCAUUUAUUUGGGUAUGCAAUAAUCAUUUUAAUCACAUUGUACAGAUGCAUUUAUUUUUAUUUUAAUCUAUUUAAUAUAUUGGUAUUUUCUUAAUAGAUUUAGUUGUUGUUAGUGAUUGACAUUUUGUUAAUGGUGCAUAAUUUGUACCAUAUUAGUCUUUGUCUCAUUUCAAAAUAAGCUUAGAACUUGUUAUUUAUUGGUGCCUUUAAUGACUACUGUGCUAAGAAGUAGUAAAAAUAUGAUCUGAUCUUAUUAAGACUAUGCCACACCUUGUAAGUUUACAUUGAACAAUGCACUGGUGUAUAAUAUAUUUAUUUUUGUAUUAACAGAUAUAUAUAGUAUACUAUAUAUUUUUUUAGAAGAAAUUGAAAAAAAAGUGUUAAUCAUUAGAGUGAUACCCCCAUAAAAAUCAUUAUUUAAGAAUAUAUUAUUCCCCUGUGAUCUUAAUAUAAAAUAUUCUAUGCAAGUACCUAUUUAUGUCCUUUAGUAAAUUCAAUUUCUUGAGAAACAUGUAAUGGUAGUCAAGGACCGUAUAAUUUUGCCUUUUCAUUUUCCAAACUUAUAUAACAAACAUGUUCACUUGAACCUUUUUUGUCUUGAAAUUAAAUAUCCAAAAUAUUACAGUGUACAUCUAGUGUGGCUGGUCAGUUAUUGUUCAGAUUCUUAUGAAAACAUUUGUGGAAAUAGAGAAUCUCCUACCUACAAGUUGAUAAAGUAACCAAAAACGAGUCUCUGCGGAGUUUUUUUUUACUUUAUCAACGAGUGUUGAUAUUUUUUUAUAUCAAAAAAGACGAGUAGGAGAUUUUAUUUAUCACCCAAUCCCUUCUUACAUGCACAAAUAGAUAAAUAUAAUUCUUUGCUGUAGAUUUCACUUUUACUGAACAUUACGGCGUAGUGAUACAUCAUUUUUUGACAGCAAUUCAACCAUUGCAAAGUCCUUUAUAUUGACCCAGUGUUUCCAUCACGGUCAAUUGAAUAACAAUAGUUCAUUUUUAAUAAAAAAAAAAGUUACUUUUAAUAAGAAAUGAACUGUUCUUUGAAAAUAAAAUGUUCCUUUUCAACUGACCAAUCAAAUUCAUGUAAAGCGAUAUCUCCUAAGUUAGCAGUAGAUUAUGAAAUAUAUCACACAAGCGAUAUCUACUGUAGAAUGUAUUAUUGGGUGAUAAAUUACUUUUGUACCAUCCUCCUAUCUCCACCAAAGUAUUAGUGUAACAAUUGAAACUUUAAAAAUUUAACAUCCACUAAAUAAAUAUUAAACAUUGAA